GCAUUCUCUUCCUCUAGCUCUGACCCAUUUGCUUAUUCAUCUCUAAAUCUCAUUUGCUUCAGUUAUUUGCAAUAAAGUUUUGAUCUUUUGCAAUCUUCAGCUGAUUCAAGUCAAGAGAGGAAAUUUUGAGACAAUAUGAUGUGCUUUCCGUUCUCUUCCUGCGAAGGUAAGGAGGAGACACCAAUAAGUCCAACGCAACUGAGCACAAUCCAGUCUUUAGAUUCUGGUUCUUCCCAUUUUAAUGCAUCUGGGUCAGAGACAGACUACCAAAGUGUUCCUGAUCGAACCACAAAAUUAAAAAAAUCCAAACAUCCAAGUUUCUCAAGAAUGCCAAGUAAUCUAAAAGAGUUCAAACUUUCCGAGCUCAAAGCUGCUACCAAGAACUUUAGCCUGGCCUCAAAGCUUGGAGAGGGUGGAUUCGGCUCUGUCUACAUCGGUACAAUCAAGAACACUCGGGAUUCAGAUAAAAAUCUCAAAGUGGCUGUGAAACAGUUGGGGAACAGAGGAUUUCAGGGGCACAAGGAGUGGAUUGCAGAGGUGAAUGUUCUUGGAAUUGUUCAGCACCCAAAUCUUGUUAAAUUAAUUGGCUAUUGUGCGGAAGAUCAUGAAAAGGGAAUUCAACGCCUUCUAGUAUACGAAUAUAUGCAUAAUAGGUGUGUAGAAUAUCAUUUAUCUAGUAGAUCUGGGACACCACUCUCAUGGUCCACAAGAUUGAAAGUAGCUCAAGACACUGCUCGUGGCUUGGCGUACCUACAUGAAGGAAUGCCCUUCCAGAUUAUCUUUCGAGAUUUCAAAUCUUCAAAUAUUCUUCUAGACGAUCAAUGGAAUGCUAAGCUGUCAGAUUUUGGAUUGGCUCGGUUAGGUCCUAAAGAUGGACAUACCCAUGUCACAACAGCCGUAGUAGGAACCAUGGGGUAUUCGGCUCCAGAAUACAUUCAAACAGGUCGUCUUACAUCCAAGAAUGAUGUAUGGAGCUAUGGGGUCUUUCUUUAUGAACUCAUAACCGGUAGGCGUCCAAUGGACCGAAACAGACCAACAGGGGAGCAGAAACUUCUAGAGUGGGUAAGACCAUACCUAGAUGACAAGAACUUCCGUCUCAUAGUGGAUAGUAAACUAGAAGGUAAAUAUCCACUUAAAUCUGCACUAAAGCUGUCAUUGAUUGCAAACAAGUGUUUGUCUAGAGACCCCAAAUCAAGACCAAAGAUGAGUGAGGUUGUGGAAAUGGUUAGCCGUCUCUUAAUGGUUGAACCAGAAACCGUUCCUAGGUCACCUCUUGCAGUUGCUGUCCCAUUUGAUGCUAUUGAAGUAGCUAUGAAGGCAGAUGAGGAUGAAAGGAGGUUUAAUAGCGUUGGAAAUGAUGUAAAACUUGAAGAUUCUGCUUGGUUUUCUCGAAUCUGGUUUUGGAAGCCCUCGUUAACUUGUUGAUUUUGAGAAGUCACAAAAGUACAUACAAUGGUCGUGAAUUGCCUGUAUGUCGAUUACGAUCAACGGGUAGCAAGUUUUUUUUUUUUCUCCUUGUAGUUAUUGCUGCAGAAAUGAUAGUGUUGGCAUAGUGAGCGUAAAGGGUAUUUUAGUCAUUUUACAAAUGCGGGAUUCAUGGGAGAACUUUAAGUGGCAUUGUAGAAAUUUCACUUGCAUUAGUGUUUGCAAGUGUCAGCUUGCUUUCUUUGACAACAUUCCCAGUUGAAGAUUGACGGCUAUAUGCCUAUAUUCAACUAUAUAUGGAAUAAAUAAAUAAUUUCAUGUUUUUGGUUAA